AUGCCUGAUAGCUGUUGUCUCAGAACCUGCCAGGUCAUUCCAUCUGCACCUACAAUCCCUUUCUUUUCCAAUGGUGGCACCUAUGGAAAGGCUAUCUGCUUGCCUAGUUCCUGCCAAGGCAAAACGUGGCAACUGGUUACCUGUCAAGAAAAUUGCCAGCCAUCUAGCUGCAACUUGAGUUGUCCUGAGUCUACAUGUUGUGAGCCCAGGUCCUGCCAACUAACCUGCCUUCCGUCAGCAUCUCAUGUAGGUUUUGUCUGUCAGCCUAUUUGCAAUAGUGCUGGGUGCUAUGAAGCCAGUGGUGGCCAGUCGACUUGCAUUGUCAGCAGCUGUCCAGCACCUUGCUCCGAAUCUAACCCCUGCCAAUCAACUUGUGAUACCACUCCUUGCCAAUCAGCUUCCUGUCAGGAAGCGGUGUGUGUGACCGGGCCAUGUUCAUCAGCUUGCUGCCAGCCAACAGGCUGUGAGUCCAGUUCCUGCCAGCCAAUCUGUUCUGAAUCCACUUCUUGUUCUCAGAUGUCCUGUCAGCCAUCUGUCUGCAUGAUAAAUUCAUGCCAACCAACUUCUUGUCAGAUAAGUUCAUGUCAACCAACUAGCUGUGAAGGCCAGUCCUGUGGACCAGCUUACUAUCAGCCUGUCUACUUUCUCAGCUCUUGCCAAGCAUUUCCUUGCAUGUCUGUUUCCUGUCAGCCAUCCUUCUGUAUGCCUAGCCCAUACAAACCAACUUGCUGCAUACCUGUGUCCUUCCAGUCCCUUUGUUGCCAGCAACCUCCUUAUACAUCUUAUGUCUGCCAGUCAGCCAGCUGCCAAUCCAAAUACUCUGGGCAGAAUUCUUGCAAAUCAAAUUAUGGGACCUCUCUCUCUUGCCAACCAACUUGCUGUGUGCCCCCUUCAUACAAAGGGGAUGGAUGCAACUCCACUUCUUUCCAGCCGGCUUGCUGUGUGACUGGUUCUGAAAAACCAUCCAGCUGUGGCAUUGGUUACUGCCAACCCACUUCAUCAAGUUCCUGCAAGACAAACAGCCGCCUGCGCAGGUCCUGCCGACCCAAGAGUUAUGUAUCUGGCAUUCGCAAAGCUACCUAUUGCUAA